AUGAUCACACUUCUUCAAAAGCUCAAACUUCUAAACAAUUCUCACAGAUCCUUCUCAACUCUUCUUUCCUCUCAAUUCUAUCCAGCGACAAAGAAACCAACGUCAACCACAGGCACUAAUAUUGGCAACACUGAUUUUUCACACAUUGACGGAUAUGGAACUUCUGUAAAAAAUCAAAAAGAACCUAAAAAACAAACCUAUGAAAAUUUACCAAAAAACAAACCCUCCUCAGAUCCUUACAAGGAGCAAAAGAAACUCGUUGAACAAAUCAAGAAGGGUAAAGAUCAAUUAGAAUUGGAAGGAAGAGAAAAACCAGAAAAGAUGACAUUGAAAACAUCUUCCUCUCCUUCUAGACCUAAGAAAGGUGCACCCAAAAGAAAGGGUUUUUAA